GAAUGUACGGGAAGCAAAUAGUCCAUGAGCGCAAGUUUUCAUGCGCAGUGAAUUCUUCAUUUUCCUGGUCGAUCGUGGUUUUCCAUUUAGUUUUUCAGCUGAUCACGGUUCCGCAGCCGCAUCGCAGACUGUCCGCGCCGUGUGUCAUGUGCGAAACUGUUGCAGCUUUGUGAAAUCGCUGAGUGAUUGUGAUUGUGUAGUUAGUAGCUAGUGUCAGUGAUAAUGUUUUCAGGGCUUACGAAUCAGGUCAGUUCGUGGAUGGGGGCAGCGAAGGGUGAGCCGCAAGAUGAGGAAGUCCCCACUCCAACUAAGGAUGCGACAGCAGAAGCAGCCACUGCAGAAGGGGAGAAACAAAGUCCAACCAAAGGUGGCAGCAAAUUGGACCUGAUCACCAAUGUAAAGUCGCAGAUGACAGGUUGGCUUGGAUCCGGGAUUCCCAUUCCUGGACUGAGGAAAAACGAGGCGGCCCCAACAGAAGCCGCUGAGCCCCCAGCAGAGCCCGAGGUCACCGAACCCAAGCCCGAGGGCAAGGACGAUGAUGAUAACUCUAGGUAUAAUAGUGCGACCGGCGGGGCAGACAGCAGACCAGCGUCUACUGGAGGCACCCCCACUGAGGAGCAGCCGGCCGGCGUUGGCAAUGAUGCCAACAAAAAGUUUUUCACAGUCGAUUCUAUCGAGGUACCCGACAUGCAAGAGUUGACCACGAAGGCGGUGGCCGGAGCCAAGUCGCUGGGCAGCUUCCUGUACUCGGCGGUGAACAAGGCUGGCGCCAAGGUCAGCGAGACCACCGCCAAGAUCAAGAAGACCGUCGAAGAGAAUAGCAUCCUGGGAGAGUUCAACAAGGAACAGGAUGCCUUCAUCAAGGGCCAGGACGGGCGUGGUGGGGCCGCGGCCGUAGCUCCGUGGGUGGGGGCUCCCAAUGAGGCUGCUUUGAAGGACGAGUGCUUGUCUUUAUCCACUGACCGACGGAACUUCGUGCGCGCUCCACCAGCGGGCGUGGAGUUUGACUUCGACUACGACAAGAUGUAUCCAGUGGCUGUGGCCAUCAUGGCCGAGGAUCCCAACCUGGAGAAGAUGCGCUUCGACCUCGUGCCAAAAGUCAUCACAGAGGAGAACUUCUGGCGGAACUACUUCUACCGCCUGUCGCUGAUCUGCCAGGCCAACGAGGCUGACGCGGCCGCCUCGCGCCAGGCCAGCGCCGACGACUCCCAGGACGACGAUAAGUCUUCAAGCGAGUCGGUAAGCAAAGAGAAAUCGUCGCAGGAGGCAAUAGACGACGCCAAGAAACGAAUUAAGUCGUUGAAAGUCGAUAGAGAGAACGACGAUGAGCAAUGGGAGAAGGAACUUGAAGCUGAACUAAAGGAGUAUGAAGUUGUAGCAGAGAAGACGGGAGACGACAAACAGUGGGAGAAAGAGUGCGAAGACUUGCUAGGAGAUGAUGUGGACCUAAAAUAGAGGGCGGUAGUGGGCACUGGUCUAUUUUGAGCUUCGCAACAUUAUUUUAUUUGAUUUUUUGUAUAAGUAAAAUGGAAAGGAGUUUUUAUUAUAUAUUCAUAGAAUAUUUUUAUUAUUUUUGAUGUCAAACAAUUGAUAUAGGUAUAAAAACUUAUAUUAAAAAAAAAAAUAUGCUUCAAGUGUGUCGUGUGUAAUAUUGAAUACUAGCGACCCGUCCCGACUUCGCACGGGUGAAAUAUUAUGCAUGUUAAAUACAUAUAAACCUUCCUUUUCAAAUCACUCUAUUAAAAAAAAUGGAAGCCAAAUCCGUUGCGUAGUUUUAAAGAUCUAAGCAUACAUAGGGACAGACAGAUGUUUAGAAUAAAUUGUUUUCCUAGUUAGAAAUAUGUAUAUGAUCGACUUAUGUAAUAUGCCCGUCUCUGGUGUGAUAUGAAAUUUUAGAAAUUAUUUAGGUACUUGAGUCAAUAAGUAUAUAAAAAAAUGUAUACUAGUUUUUUGAAAUGUUGUGAAGCUCAUUUAGACGAUAAUUUGAAAUAGUAAGGCACUGUGUAGCUGUAUUGUUGCAAUGGAUAUGCCAACUAAAGAUAUAAAUCUUCCAAAAUUAUUAAUAAAGUCAACCGUAGCUUGAGACUGCUGGAAGCACUUGUAAUAUAAUAAUAAAAAUUUGUCAGACCAUAAAAUCCAUAAAUUGUUAGUAGAAUUCUUAACCUUUGUUAGCAAGCAAUAGUCACAAUAAUAUACAGCGUAAUUUAUUUUUACACUGCGCAAAUUUUGCAGGCAGAUACGGUGAUGAAACUGACAAAAAUUUACUCGUUUUUUAUAUAAUUUGGCUGAUCUGAGCUGUCUCAGUAUGGGAAGUCGAAACUUUUCGUUCGUUUUUCACUAUUUGUUUCAUUUGCAUAUUUUUAUAUUCCAUAUUCUUUUGUGAAAAUUUAUGCAGUGAAAAUUUGUGCAGUGAAAAAAAAACCCUCUAUUAUGGCUGCAUGAACUAGUCAGGUUUUUUAACCGUUUUGUCAGUAUAACUUCUGAUGUUUAAUUAAUAGAGUAUAGAGUUGAAGGGCUAAGAAAAAGAAAAAAAUUAAGUGUAAUAUAAUACCUGUGUAUAUAUUUAUUUUGGCAGUCUCAAACUGCAUAGGUGUGUCAAGGACAGAGUUGGGUUUACUCCCAGUUUUAUAAAUUCGGGCAUAAACCCACGGGCUUGUGCCAGACUUAGUUCGGUAUGAAAUUGGGAAUACAUUGGGCGUAAUCACAUCUCUGGUCGAGGCUUUGUGGAAGCUCAACAACAUUCUUAUGAUGUAGUCAAAGUUCAGAAAUAUAUAAUAUAUAAUAUUCCUUAUAGGAUAUUUAAAAUAGGACAGUUCACAGCUUAUUGUCUUUACCACUUAAACAUACCACCGCUUCUAAAAAGCAAGUUGACUAUGGUCAAACAAAUGUUGUUAUUUUCUGGGCCUAAAGUAAUGUUUAUUUUAAAAAUAUAUAUUUAUUUAUUCAAACUUAUCGACAACUAUACAGAGACAAUAUAAUUUUAUAUUCUAGUUAUAAUUAUACUCUGCUCGAAAUUGUAUAUAAACGGUGACAUGUUAUUAUAAUAACAUGAAAUGUCUAUUGUCCAAAGCAUUUUUCUAAAAUUAUAUGACUGUUGUGGUUGUGGGUAAUCACGUUUAUACAUGAUUCCACGUAAUAAAUCGAGGCUAUUCGUUUUCAUAUCUGAUGCAUUUAACGAUUCAUUGUUAUUUAAUGAUUCCUUUUCAAUUAUCUUCGUAAUAUAAUUAUUUAAUUUGUAUUUUAACAUUGUGCCGCGACAAUAUUAUUGCAUCAACAAAAAUGAGCGUUACUUUUAGCAUUUUCAUAUUAUAAACUUAAAAUAAUAUUUGCGUGUUAAUAUUUUUUUUUGUAAAUAGUGUUAUUUUAAGUUGAAAACGUAUAGAGAAAGGUUUAGGUUUUUAUGCACAAUUUAUGCCGAAUUUUCGAGUUGAAUAACUAAAUAUUAUUUAAUGCAACACUUUGGAUUUCAUCCGUAUGUGUGUGAGGACCAUGUUACGACACGGUAACGUUUUAAUACUUAUACGUCAAAACGUGCGUGUACGAUUUUUAAUCGAACUUCAAUCGUAAACGGACAAAAUUUCUCAAAGAUAAAUAUUCUCAUCGAAUUGAUUCGGCAGAGCCUUCAAAUUAUAACAUUGUGUAUAUAUAUGCGCCGUAACUUUCAAUGUGUUGUUUAUAAUUAUUGUUAAUUUAUUUGUUUCAUAUAAUAAGAUCUCAUUUUGUAUUGAAUCAUACUUUUAAGUUUUUUGGCCACAUGUUUGUUUAUUUCGUCUCCUGAAAACCAUUUAGGUUUACCGUGAAGUAGUUGCUUUAUAUAUUGUUAUCAGUAUCUGGAUCACGUAAAGAAAAUGGCGAAUGGGCAUGUAAAUGCAUUGCUAUCUCGCUCUCACAUAACCAUGGUUCUCUCUUAUCUUAGACCUAUCUUUGCUUCCCAUAUUUUGAGGUCAAACGCAAUCAAAAUUUUAAUUAAAAGAAAAUAAUUUAAUUAGUUAAUUAAUUAAUAACUUAAUAUAUCAAUAUUAAAACAUUAAGUAAUAUAUUAAUUAAUUAUAAAUUAAUAUAUUUAAUUUGAAAAAUACAGUUCUCUACGCGUGGCUCAGAAAUCUAACUUUGCUUUGGAAUUGAAGCUAAUCUGGCUUCUUGUAAAUUUCAAGUCCCUAUUUAUGUUUGAUGUGGAAGAAUAUCAGGUUUUCUCGAGUUCCAUUCUGGUGGCCAAUACAUCAGCACCCUUAUACUUGACAGAUGUCAAAACAUGUAUCAUAAUAUUUAGAUAUAUGGAUAUAGGAUGUUCUUUCUAUGUAAACAUUCCUAUCUUGUCUUAUUAUUAUUCUAUUAUAAUUAUUAUAAUAUCAAUAAAGUGUUCACCUUAACGCAGCUAUAUUUAAUUAAUUACCUCAUAUUUGACUCGUGUUUUAAUUUUAAAAUAUUUUUAUUAGGCAUCAGAUUUUAAAUUUAUCAAUCGUGUUAUCGAUAUCUUACUGGCCAGUACAAUGGAAAUACAAUCACACACAUUGAAAAUGGAAAAACAUGAAAUUGUUUAUUGUAAUGUAAUGGUAAACCUAUUUUUUAUUUUAACCGUGGUAACAAUGUAAAAAAAAAAACAAUUUCACAUUGAAAGAGGGUGCUCCCGUCUCUCUAGUUCCACCAAUACAUGUUUAUCAAUUUCCUUUAUAGCGAAGACUAAUGUAACCGUGAGAUCAUGCGACACUUGAUAAAUGAUUUUAUUGGAUACAAAAUGUUGAUCAAUAUUUUGUAUCCACCAUUGGUGGCCACCGUUUUAGUUUUAGUAAAAUGAUACAACUUUGUCCAAUAGAAAAGUAUAAUAUUGUCUAAUAGAAAUUAUCUAGUGUAUGAAAACAACACGUAUAUUAAUAUAUAUAUAUUAUUUAUUUACUAUAUACUCCCACGUUAUUACUUUACACGAUACAAACUAAUCAAAAUAUAUUAACAAAAAUGCGAACAACCUUUUACCGAUAAUCUAAUUCGAACCUUUAAUCAAAUCACACAACGUACUUAAAAUAAAAUAGAUGGGUUUUUAUUCGUUAAUUUAAAUUAAAUGAUUUUUGAUAAUUGGGAGUCAAGAGCAAGCCGUCCGUUGCACGUUUAGACCAAAAGUGAGCUCGCGCCGUUUGUUUCGCCACGCCUCAUCACCGAGUAGGGGCAACCGCUUACGUCAGCACGAUAGAUGGCGCUGGAUGAAUGAUGUUGCCAACAUGUAGCAUAAUUUUUAGUUUUCGCCAAUCAAUCAACCUGCGAUAAGAAAAUUACUGAGAUUUUGCUAUGAAAUUCACGCGGGCAAAGCCGGGGGCAAAAGCUUGCAAAUAAAAAAAAGUGAAGUUGUGGCUAGUAUGCGUGUUAGCCCAGUCUUAAAUAAUGCUUGUAAAUAAUACCAUUUAUAAAACUUCCUCAUCAUCAGCCUGGAGCAGUCCACUGCUGCACAUAGGAAAAUUGUUUCAUUUACAAAACUUAGGUACUGACGUUUUUUUUUAUAAAACUUACUGACGAUCAUUUUAGUGAUAAAAAACCAUGACCCGAUGAUAUAACUAAUGGGACAGUAAUUUGAUACGCAUUAGGUAAAUCUACUUAAUAUUACAGCAAUCUGCAUUAGGACACAUUAUAUGCAACCCUGGCCUACGACCAGGUAUAGUUUGACCGUGAAUCUCAUAACCUCAUAGAAGCUAAUGUAAUUAACAAGGUAAAAUAAAUGUAAAAUUCCCACUUGUGUACGCUACAAGAACUACAAUUGUCUGUAUAAAAUUUUAUACUAAAUAUACAAUAUGACUUCAAUAAGGGAUUCAGCGACAAGUUUUUUGGAUCUGAAGGUC